UCGGACGCCAUGUCCUCAGCCCAGGACGAGGCGCUGGAGGCAUUGGUGGAGACGCUCAAGGACGUCCGAGCCACUCGUUAUGUCACUGCGAUCGGCGUCGUGAUUCUGCUCUAUGACCACCUUCUAACGCUCAAGGAUGAAGUGGAAUUAGUGUGGAAGGCUAGGUUGACGGUUGCCCAAGUCCUUUUCUUGAUCCUGCGCUACCUUCCCCUCAUCGGAGUUAUAAUCGAGAAUAUUCAACUCAGCGGCUUAGUCCCUUUAUAUCUCCCUGAUAACUUCUGCAAGAUCUAUAUGGACGUCGCUACGUACUUCGGAGUAAUUACCAUGGCCAUCAGCGACUUCCUCGUCCUCUUGCGCCUAUGGGUACUAUGGGAUCGGAACCGGCGUCUGGUCGCCUGCUCCCUUGUCGGGUACAUCGUAACUCAGCUCGCCAAUAUCGCCUGCUGUACCUUCUCUGUGGUUACCAUGACUCCUGCUCUCGUUUAUAACAGUGAUCUGCGCAUGUGCAUCUUUGCUAAGGAUGUGCAUAUCUCUUCGCUAUGGAUGCCAGGCCUCAUCUUUGACGUCUCCAUUUUCCUUGCUACCGUCUGGAACGCGCUACAACGGCCCAUGUCCGCGAACUCAUCCAUGGUCAAGGCGCUAUACCGGGACGGAUUCGUUUACUUCCUCGUCUUGACCUCCCUACGUGUAACGAACCUCGUCCUUGCCCUCGUCGCCCCCGUCUCCCUCAAAUUCGUCGGCGUUUUCUUCAUAUGGUGCGCAUCCACCGUAACCACGUCGCGGUUCAUCUUCAGCAUCCGGCGCGCCGCUAUGCGGGAGUACGACUCCGCCACGGACUCGGACGACGAGACGACGGUGGCGGCGCAGUCGAGGGCGUCGGUCGGCUCGACGGAGGUGGGGAGUAUCCGGAUGCAGAUCGUGCGGCAGUCGGUGUCGAGGAAGUGGUCGUAUUUAUGAGGUCGGCUUUGAGGGUUAGGGUUUUGGAGGCUUGGAAUAUGGUGUACAGCGGUUGCUUGCAUGGCCCUUUGCACGUGGAGAACUCGGCGAAUGUUCCUCACGCCUUCGGGUGGCAAGCGCUCGCGAUGGCGCUGCACGUCGCGGCCCGCUGGGUGAGCCAGGAUAGGCAUCGCAUCUGGCCAUGUGCUGCUCUACGUCGUUAUCGUUGAUACUUGACCUGUGCUGACC